AUGGCCCGGCCGCUGCGGGCCGCCCGGCUGCCUCCGCUGCUGCUGCUGCUGCUGGCCGCGGGAGUGUCCCUGGGCACAUGUGCAGCAGGGACUGAUGAGUCUGGCCCUGAGGGCCUCACCUCCACCUCUCUGCUGGACCUCCUGCUGCCCACUGGCCUGGAGCCACUGGAUUCCGAGGAGCCCAGUGAGACCAUGGGCCUGGGGGCCCCUGGCUCAGGCUUCCCUAGCGAAGAGAGCGAGGAGUCCCGGAUUCUGCAGCCACCACAGUACUUCUGGGAAGAGGAGGAGGAGCUGAAUGGCUCCAGUCUGGACCUGGGACCCACUGCAGACUACGUCUUCCCAGACCUCACGGAGAAGGCAGCUUCCAUGGAAGACGAUGGCCAGGCCCAGGACCUACCGAACCUCCCCUCUGCCCUGCCCAAGACGAAUCUGGUUGAGCCUCCCUGGCAUAUGCCUCUAGAGGAGGAGGAGGAGGAGGAAGAGGAAGAGGAAGAGGAGGAGGAGGAAGAGAGGGAGAAGGAGGAGGUGCAAAAGGAGGAGGAGGAAGAGGAGGAGGAUUUGCUCCCGGUGGUGAGCGGGUCCCAAGAAGCCACAACUCAAGCCGGUGACUUUUCUCCCAGCAGCAGCAGCCAGACUCCUGGGGCCAGUGGACACAGGCACGAGGAUUCUGGGGAGCAGGCCUCCUCAGGCGUGGAGGGGGAGAGCAGUUUGGAGCCCAGCUUGUCACCACCCUCAGUCACCCCAAGUACCGUGACCCUGGGGGAUCAGGACUUUACCAGCCAGGAGGCUGGGGGUACCAUGUUGCCAGCUGCUGGGCUUGGGGUAGAGUUCGAGGUCCCCCAGGAAGCAAAUGUAGAGGCCACAGUGAGUGCAGCCGGGCUGGCCAGCAAGCAAGGGGAGCAGCCGUCCUCGCUUUCUUUCCUGCAAACAGAAGCUCCAGCUGGGGCUGAGGCCCUGGAUCAGGGUCCCUUUUACCCCAAGACCUCAGCCUCUUUCCCACCCACCUCUGGAGAUGUGGAACCGACACCUUUCUCAGUGACCUUGGGGAAGGAAGGUCCCAGCCAGCAGCCCCAGGAAGGACAGGCUGCUGAAGUCUUCUCCAGAACACCCUGGGACUCCACUCAGGUGAUCUGCAAGGACUGGAGCAACCUGGCUGGGAAGAACUACAUCAUUCUGAAUAUGACAGAGAACAUGGACUGUGAGGUGUUCCGGCAGCACCGGGGGCUGCGGCUCCUGGCCCUGGUGGAGGAGGUGCUGCCCCGCCACGGCAGCGGCCGCCAUGGGGACUGGCACAUCUCCCUGAGCAAGCCCAGCGAGAAGGAGCAGCACCUUCUGAUGACGCUGGUGGGCGAGCAGGGGGUUGUGCCCACCCAAGAUGUCCUCUCCAUGCUGGGUGACAUUCGCAGGAGUCUGGAAGAGAUUGGUAUCCAGAACUACUCCACCACCAGCAGCUGCCAGGCACGGGCCACCCAGGUGCGCAGUGACUACGGGACGCUCUUCGUGGUACUGGUGAUCAUCGGGGUCAUCUGCUUCAUCAUCAUUGUGCUUGGCCUGCUCUACAACUGCUGGCAGCGCCGGCUGCCCAAGCUCAAGCACGUGUCGCACGGCGAAGAGCUGCGCUUCGUGGAGAACGGCUGCCACGACAACCCCACGCUGGACGUGGCCAGCGACAGCCAGUCGGAGAUGCAGGAGAAGCAGCCCAGCCUGAACGGCGGCGGGGCCAUCAACGGCCCGGGGAGCUGGAGCGCGCUCAUGGGGAGCAAGCGUGACCCCGAGGACUCGGACGUGUUCGAGGAGGACACACACCUGUGAGCCGCCGAGCUCGGGCAGAGUCGCCUGGGGAGUCCGGGCCCUGCAGCCCGGCGGUGGCCUCGCGCCCGCCCGCGGGGACUGCGCAGGAUGGCCCGAAAGCCGCCGCGGAGCCCGCACAGCCCUGCGCCCCUCCCCGGCGCACCCCCGGCCCUCGGCGCGGGGCUCCUCCCGCUUCCUACUACACAAGGCGAUCUUGGCGCAGCU